AUGUUCAGUUUGUUUAAGCUGGUGUACGGACGAACGUCCACCUCCCCACCCCUUCCCUGGACAGUCAUCCUCUCCACCCCUUUUCCUGAACAGUCCACAUCUCCACCUCUAUUCUCUGGACAGUCCACCUCCCCACCCUUUCCCUGGACAGUCCGUCUCUCCACCCCUAUUCCCUGUACGGUCCACCUCACCACGCCUAUUCCUGGACAUUCCAUCUCUCCACCGCUUCCCUGGACAGUCCACCUCCCCACCGCUUCCCUGGACAGUCCGUCUCUCCACCCCUAUUCCCUGGACGGUCCACCUCACCACGCCUAUUCCUGGACAUUCCGUCUCUCUACCGCUUCCCUGGACAGUCCACCUCCCCACCCGUUCCCUGGACAGUCCAUCUCCCCACACCUUCCCUGGACAGUCCACCUCCCUGGACAGUCCAUCUCCCCACCCCUUCCCUGGACAAUCCACCUCCUCACCCCUUCCCUGGACAGUCCACUUCCCCACCGCCUCCCUGGACAGUCCACCUCUCAAACCCUAUUCCCUGGACAGAAAACCACUCUACUCAUAUUCCUUGACAAUCCACCUCCCCACCCCUUCCCUGGACAGACCGCCUCUCCACCCCUUUUCCUGGACAGUCCACCUCUCCACCCCUAUUCCCUGGACAGUCCACCUACCCACCCUUUCCCUGGACAGUCCGUCUCUCCAACCCUAUUUCCUUGA